AUGAGUCCAAACAAUCAGAAGAACAAUGCUAGCAACGGCGGGAACGGCAGCAAGCCUAAUGACAACAGCAAUCCGCAAUCGCCGCAAACUCCUACACAAGAAGAACUCCAAGAAGAACUCCAAGCUGCCCAAGCCCUCCCUGGCCUGCACGGCACAGGCUCAGCACCUCUAAUGCAUCAUGCAGCCGCCGACAACAACGAGCCCGAGGCUACGACUACGCUUCACCUUCCCUCCGCCCCUCAGCAUGCUCCUGCUGGUGUUGAAGGCGCUCUUACUAUUGCUCCCGCCCGUAUUCCUACGGCUGUCAAUGCCCCUGUCACUGCAGACGACGUGCGGGAACUGCUCCAUGCUCUCGAGAUGGCUGAUGCACGCACAUACACCUUCAUAACCCGGAACAUCCCGAGCAAUCUCCGCCAGCUGCAGAUAAUUGCUCGAAUAUACAACAACAUGGGUCCUACGAGAACACUGACUAAUGCGAUCACCACCCUCGAGGAUGCAGACUGGAACCUUGGCGAGGCGCUCCAGAACUGGCGUCGGAUCGAGCGCCUCCGAGGUCUCCCCGCCGAAGCCCGCAGACAGGACCAGCACAACUACAUGCUAGACCGCAGCGGCGCUCGUGGCGGACAGCGUUUCCAUCCCUAA